AUGAUCAAACUCACAAAGCGGUUUACGAAAAAACUGCGGCUUGCUUUCGUGGCAAGCGCGUGCUGUCUCGCGUUUUUCCUCACAAGCCAGUACAUUCAACAGGACCUCUCCGUCGAGGAAUACCGGGAAUCACUGCGCAAUUACAUUGAGACGUACAAGAACACGCGGGGCGGAGCUGGUGGGGACGGGUACGACGUCGGGUCUAAUGGUGCAUUUGGCGCGGGUUCCGGGUCUGGGUUUGGGAAGGGCGCAGACGCGGCUUCCGCCGCGUCACGCGCCCGUGCGCGUUCUAAGAACCUGCACACGUUCUACCGCCAAGUGUUUGAGAGCCUGAAGCGGCAUUCGCCGCGCGGUAAGAGUGCGCGUGAAUACGAUCGGCGUUGCAAGCUUACAGGGGACAUUGGCGCGCGGCCCGACGACUACGCUAAUUGGGACAAGCUUACGAGCCGGGAACUGAGUCAUUGUCUGAUCUUGUCGGAGGCGGAGAAGGCCGCGUUAAAGGAAUCGCAUUAUGAGUUUGUCGACAGUUUGGGCGCCCUCGUGUUGCCUCGGGGCAGUUACAGUGGGAACGGGAUCGUCACCGUGGGCGGAGGCAAGUUUUCCAUGCUUUCGUUUCUGAUAAUCAAGACUCUGCGUAACUUGGGCACGACUUUGCCCGUCGAAGUGUUCAUCCCUCCUAAGGAUGAGGGCGAGACCUAUUUUUGUCAGGAAUUGCUUCCCCAGUACAAUGCCAAGUGCAUCUUCCUCUCGGACGUUUUGCCGCAGGACGUGAUCGACAGCUUUGAAUUUACCGGGUAUCAAUUCAAGUCGAUCGCGAUCAUCGCGUCCAGUUUCGAAAACCUGUUGUUGCUAGACGCGGACAAUUUCCCGAUCAAGCCGCUAGACAAUAUCUUCGACGCGGAACCUUACAAGUCUACUGGGAUGGUGUUAUGGCCCGAUUUUUGGCGUCGUACAACGAACCCAGUCUACUAUGAGAUCGCCGACGUGCCCGUGAAUUAUAAGAAGCGCGUGCGUAACUGCAUGGACGAUAUUACGCCGCCCGAGGCCUAUACGGAAAACUUGAACGAUUUGUCGGACGUGCCCUUGCACGACCUGGAAGGCACCACGCCAGACGUAUCGACCGAAUCCGGACAACUCAUGAUCAGCAAAUCGCGUCAUCUGCCCACGAUCUUGUUGUCGCUGUACUACAACGUGAAUGGGCCCUCUUGGUAUUAUCCGAUAUUCUCUCAGAAGGCGUCCGGUGAAGGCGACAAGGAAACAUUCAUUGCAGGUGCAAAUUUCUACGAUUUACCCUUUUAUCAAGUACGUUCCAUGACCGCCGUGGACGGGUACCAUCAAGAAGGCGGCAAAGGGUUCCGGGGAGUCGCCAUGUUGCAACACGAUUUCACACAGGAUUACAUGCGGUACCAAUGGGCCUCCGCCGACAUAAACCACAAGUAUUUGGGCAAAGCCCGCAAAUACAUCAAACCGGACCCCACGUACUCGCCCGAGCGCGUUUACAAACACUACUUCGAACCCGAUGACAUCAAAGAAGUGGAUAUCAUGUUCGUGCACUCGAAUUUGCCUAAAUUCGACCCGCUCACCCUAUGGAACGACCAAGACCUCAUUGUCAACGGCCGUCACAUUCGGUCCUAUACCAAUCUCAAGCGCUUGAACGGCUACGACUUGGAGCUUGAGAAUUUCAAAGCAUUCAAAGAACAUCUGUGCGGCAUACAUCGUGCACAUUUCAAGUACCUGGACGACCGUCUACGUGGCGACGACAAAAACUGGAAGAGCAUGUGCCAGUACGUGGAGGACCGACUCGCGUUCCUCGAACAAACGCACGAGGAGGCCAUUGGGGCAUAA